AUGGGAGUUGCAUAUAAUCCUAAGAUACUCGGUAGUUUAAAGGAACUAAAGCAGCAACAUAAACGCAUAGAUUUAAAUGUUUUUAUCUUUGGAUUGGAUUCCGUGUCCCGAAUGACAUCCAUAAGAAAACUUCCUAAAUCUAGAAAUUAUUUUUUGAACAUUUUAAAAGGAAUAGAAUUAGAGAACUAUAAUAUUGUUGGGGACGGUACUAUUAGGUUUCUUGCACCCAUGUUAACAGGGCAUUUAUUGGAAGAGUUAGGGGAUAUGAGAAAGGGUUUCAAAGACGCGACAACAUUUGACGAAAAACCUUUCAUAUGGAAAGACUUUAAACAAGCCGGCUACGUUACUCUUUGGGCUGAUGAUCUCCCUGGACUCGAUAUUGUUGAGCUAAUGAAAUAUUUAGAAAGCAGUGGACAUUUAAAUGAAACUUUGUUAAUAUUUAUGAGUGACCAUGGAGCCAGGCUAUAA